AUGGCCGCCCCCAAGCAAGUUUACAUUGCCAUCAUUGGCGCCGGUGGUGUUGGCAAGGUCUUCAUUGACCAGCUCCAGACCCUCGCUGCUCGGAGGCCUUCCCCGAAGCUGAGUCUCGCCUACAUUGCCACGAGCCGCAAGGCCCUCUACAACGACGACUACUCUGCUAUCAACCUCGAAAAUGUCAUCGAUACCCUCGGAGCCUCCUCCAAGGCCCCCCUCGCUCUUCCCCAGGUCGUUGAGUACCUUUCCAAGGCCCCCGCCAAGACCGUCCUCGUCGACAACACAAGCUCCCAAGACGUUGCCGAGCUGUACCCCCUCGCCCUGAGCCAAGGCAUCAGCAUCGUCACCCCCAACAAGAAGGCUUUCUCUGGCUCCUAUAAGCUGUGGCAGGAUAUCUUCUCGGCCGCCGAGGCUUCUGGAGCUCGUGUCUACCAUGAGUCAUCUGUUGGUGCUGGCCUUCCCGUCAUUUCCACCCUGAAGGAUCUAAUUGAGACUGGCGACAAGGUCACCAAGAUUGAGGGUGUCUUCAGCGGCACCAUGUCUUUCCUCUUCAACUCCUUUGCUCCCACCGAGGGCCAGGGCGGCAAGUGGUCGGACGAGGUCAAGAACGCCAAGUCUCUUGGCUACACUGAGCCUGACCCCCGAGACGAUCUCAACGGUCUCGACGUUGCUCGCAAGCUGACUAUCCUGGCCCGCCUGGCUGGUCUCCCUGUUGAGUCUCCCACCUCCUUCCCCGUGCAGAGCCUCAUCCCCAAGGAGCUCGAGUCCUGCACCAGCGGUGACGAGUUCCUCGAGAAGCUCCCUGCCUUUGACCAGCAGAUGGAGGAGACUAAGGCCGCUGCCGAGAAGGCCGGCAAGGUUGUCCGAUUCGUUGGAAGCAUCGACACUGCUUCCCAGCAGGUCAAGGUUGGACUCGAGCAGUUUGACCGCUCUCACCCCAUUGCCGCUCUCAAGGGCAGCGAUAACAUCAUCAGCUUCUACACUGAGAGGUAUGGAAGCAACCCUCUGAUUGUCCAGGGUGCCGGUGCUGGUGGUGCUGUGACUGCCAUGGGUGUGACUGCCGACCUGAUCAAGGUUCUGUCGCAGAUUGCUUAA